AUGCCGAGCUCUCUUUUCUCCCUCCCGUCGUCGCUGCUCUUGCUCUCUCUUUCCAAUUACCUUGCUGCCGCGGAACCUUGGCCCUACAAUCUACCGAAGCACGAGAAAUACUGGCCCGAGCACGAGGAGUUUGUCAAACGGGAUGCACACAUACGAGAACGCGUGGCACGACAGCCUCCCGCGGGAGUGCAGAAGAUGAGCCAUGACCCCGGCGAGAAGUUCUAUCUCGACUACUGGCAGUUUGAGGAGCUCAAUGGUGGAGUGGACCAAACGGCAGGGAAUUUCAGACGAAGGGCUCAAGCGUUGGAUGCCGACACCGACGAGCAGUACUCCAAUUCUUCGCUGGCGGAGAAUUUACUUCCACCACUCCUUCUACAUUCCGACUCUGAGCGGAGCCUACUCAGGUUUUUCCAGCGUAAUCUGUUCGAAAAGCGGGACUAUCAGUGUCCGACCGGAACAAGCAGCUGCGCGAGCAUCAGCCGGCCCAACAGUUGCUGUCCUACCGACGAAACCUGCGUUAUUGUCGAGGAUACUGGUCUGGGAGAUGUGGGAUGCUGUCCAGCGGGAAGCAGUUGCUCGGGCUCAGUAUCGCAAUGCAACAGCGGCGCUGGCUAUACCAGUUGCCCAGAAAGUGACAACGGCGGCUGCUGUAUCCCCGGGUACAGCUGCCAGGAUGUAGGCUGCAUAAUCAGUAAUACCGUCACCAUGACCACGACCCUCUCCCCAGCCACGUCCACUAUCAGUAGCACACGAACGACAUCCACUUCCCGCGCAAACCCAACAACCACCACAAGCAGCGAAGAGACGACGACAACAACAACAACAGAAGAGUCGACAGCCUCGACGAGCACCGAGGACAGCACCACCACCAGCAGAGCAAGCACUAGCACGACCCCGCAGGGCACGCUUACUUGCAGCACAGGCUUCAGGUCUUGCCCUGCGAGCUUGGGUGGAGGAUGCUGUCCCACCGACAGAGCAUGUGGAUCUGCAGAAUGCCCGGCAUCCUCGACUUCUAGCAGUGCUACCGGCGCUCUGCCUCCGGUCCGUCCAACCGGCACUGGCGACAGCGUCACAUCUGAGCCAUCGUCAACGUCUUACGACGGCUGCCCCACCGGGUUCUAUGCCUGCUCUGCCUACUAUCAGGGAGGCUGCUGCCGUGUCGGUCGCGACUGCCAGAAGACGUCCUGCCCCGCUGUUUCGACGACGGGCUUGGUGAGCAACGGCAUUACAAUCGUUGCACAAACGGGAGCUUCGUUUGCCACUGAGAGCGGCUCUUGCGCUACUGGUUGGUCGAGCUGCGCCGCCAGCUUGGGUGGUGGAUGCUGCCCCAGCGGAUACGGCUGCGGAAGCAGCUGCACGUACACGGCGACCGGCACGGCGUCGGCGAGUGCGGUGCAAAAGGUGGCUCCUAGCGCGGCCCCAGAUGUGCAGGUCUGGGGGUGGCUGCUCGCGUUUGUGGCGUGGGGCAGCGGCGUCGCGAUGCUGGCCCUGUGA